AUGCCAUCCCUCUGUACACAGGAGCAGCCCGCCAUGUCUUUACCCCUGGCUUACCGUGACGAGAUUCAGGCUCUAGAGAAUCGAAUUCGAUCAGAGAGACCGGCCGACGUACUCCAAUUCUGCUGCGACCACUUUGCCCGACGACUCGCGGCCGAACGUGCACAAUACCUCUCCGGGACAGCAACCACCCCUGAGCCCAACAUCAUGUCGGGAUCGGCCUUCACGAGCCCUUUCGCGGCCAACUCCAACCCGUUCGGCGGCGACGGCAAGAAGACCGAGGGCGGCGGUGCUUUGCUGAACGUGGUUGAGGAGGACGAAACGGACACCAUUGCUUCCCCCACGACCCCAUCCUUUGGCUUCUCGAAUCCCUCUGCCGGUGGGUUCCGUGGACCCUUCGGGGGCGAUGGCUCGACAGAUGGGCCGCCCUCUUCGUUAAGGAGCCCCCCCAACCCCGAUUCAUAUCCUCCUCAGUACAACUUCGGUCGCCGCACGUCGGUGUCGGCCGAGUCGCUAAAGCCCAAUGCCGAUGCAAACGACAACUGGUCUCCCCCACACAUACCCAAGACGCCUGACCAGCUUGCCAGGCUGAAGAAGUCCAUCGAGGGCAACUUCCUGUUCAGCCACCUGGACGAUGAGCAAAGCUCUCAAAUCCUCGGCGCCUUGGUAGAAAAGUCGAUUCCUGCUAAAGAUAUCAAGGUUAUUUCUCAAGGUGACGCUGGAGACUACUUCUAUGUUGUCGAGAAGGGCACCUUUAAUGUGUAUGUAAACGCAGGCGGAGCGGUGCAACCUGGAGCGGAUGGACUCGGUCAGCAUGUGGGAACCAUCAAUGCCGGCGGUUCGUUUGGCGAGUUGGCCCUCAUGUACAAUGCCCCUCGCGCGGCCACCGUCGUCUCUGCCGAGUCUGGAUGCACACUGUGGGCUCUCGACCGGGUCACCUUCCGCCGCAUCCUGAUGGAGUCAACCUUUGCCCGCAGACGGAUGUAUGAGAACUUCCUCGAAGAGGUGCCGCUUCUCUCCAGUUUGACAGCGUACGAGCGAUCCAAGAUCGCAGACGCUCUCGAGACACUGAAAUUCCCUGCCGGGCAUACCAUUAUCAAGCAGGGCGAUGUUGGCACGUCUUUUUUCCUCCUGGAAGAUGGCGAGUGCCACGCCUACCUCGAGAAGGAGGGCCAGCGUCACCAAGUCAAGCAUUACAAGAAGGGAGAUUUCUUCGGCGAGCUGGCUUUACUGAACGACGCACCUCGGGCCGCGAGUGUCGUCAGUAGCACUGAGGUCAAGGUGGCCACACUUGGGAAGAGCGCGUUUGCGAGGUUGCUGGGACCCGUCGAGGGGAUCAUGAGGAGAACCGAGUACAUCAAGUCAGGGGUGGAGGAUGUAGAUCCUUUGCAUGCAUAG